AAAUUUGCACUAUAAAUGGUUUGGGGAUUCAUUGCUUCUUCAUCACCUCUCAACUCAGACAAUACCAACUUUUAUAGGUCUGUAGAUAAUUUUGCCAUUCAAAGUUUUAUAUAUAUUUGGUCUCACUGGUACAGCCGGCAUUGGUGGAGCCUUUUCCGGCCGGAGAAAAUGGUUGGUCACGGCGGCGGCCCCAGAAGGGGUCGUCUUUUGCCACAAAUAUUAGUGGCAUUGGUUGUGUUGACUGCUGCGAGUGUAGUCUCCGGCAAUGAUCAUUAUGUUUAUGCUUCACCUCCUCCGCCUUACGAGUAUAAAUCUCCUCCCCCUCCGUCACCUUCACCGCCUCCGCCUUAUGAGUAUAAGUCUCCUCCUCCUCCGUCACCUUCACCGCCUCCGCCUUAUGAGUAUAAGUCUCCCCCGCCACCUUCUCCUUCUCCACCACCGCCGUAUUACUACAAGUCUCCACCACCACCGUCGCCCUCACCUCCACCACCUUACGAGUAUAAGUCUCCUCCGCCACCUUCUCCUUCACCUCCGCCACCUUAUGAGUACAAGUCUCCCCCGCCACCUUCUCCUUCACCUCCGCCACCCUACGAGUACAAGUCUCCCCCGCCACCUUCUCCCUCUCCACCUCCACCCUACUACUACCAUUCCCCACCACCACCAAAGAAGUCUCCUCCUCCACCAUACUACUACCAUUCUCCACCACCACCGGUGAAAUCUCCCCCUCCUCCGUACUACUACAAUUCUCCACCUCCUCCUAAGAAGUCUCCUCCUCCACCAUACUACUACCAUUCUCCACCACCACCGGUGAAAUCUCCUCCUCCACCAUACUACUACAAUUCUCCACCUCCUCCCAAGAAAUCUCCGCCACCACCAUACUACUACCAUUCUCCACCACCACCAGUUAAAUCUCCUCCUCCACCAUACUACUACCACUCACCACCAGUUAAAUCUCCUCCUCCACCAUACUACUACCACUCUCCACCACCACCGGUGAAAUCUCCUCCUCCUCCGUACUACUACAAUUCUCCACCUCCUCCCAAGAAAUCUCCGCCACCACCAUACUACUACCAUUCUCCACCACCACCAGUUAAAUCUCCUCCUCCACCAUACUACUACCACUCUCCACCACCACCGGUGAAAUCUCCUCCUCCUCCGUACUACUACAAUUCUCCACCUCCUCCCAAGAAAUCUCCGCCACCACCAUACUACUACCAUUCUCCACCACCACCAGUUAAAUCUCCUCCUCCACCAUACUACUACCACUCUCCACCACCACCGGUGAAAUCUCCUCCUCCUCCGUACUACUACAAUUCUCCACCACCACCAAAGAAGUCUCCACCACCACCAUACUACUACCAUUCUCCACCACCACCAGUUAAAUCUCCUCCUCCACCGUACUACUACCACUCUCCACCACCACCAGUUAAAUCCCCUCCCCCUCCAUAUUACUACAAUUCUCCACCACCACCGAAGAAGUCUCCUCCUCCACCAUACUACUACCACUCUCCACCACCACCAGUUAAAUCUCCUCCUCCACCCUAUUACUACACCUCCCCACCACCACCUACACAUUACUAUCCUCCCCAUCACCACCUCAUUGUAAAGGUUGUCGGAAAAGUUUACUGCUUCAGGUGUUAUGAUUGGGAAAAGCCAGAGAAAUCCCACGACAAGAAACAUCUCAAAGGUGCUGUUGUUGAGGUAACUUGCCAGGCUGGUGAGAAGAAAAUUAAGGCAUAUGGAACAACCAAAAUUAAUGGCAAAUUUAGUGUGACUGUUGAAGGUUUUGAGUAUGGAAAAUAUGGAGCAAACGCAUGCAAGGCCAAGCUUCAUGCACCACCAAAGUACUCUAAGUGCAGCAUCCCCACAAAUCUUCAUUGGGGUAUUAAGGGUGCUAAGCUCAAAGUGAAGUCGAAGACCGACUAUGAAGUUGUUCUUUAUGCGAAACCGUUUGCUUAUGCCCCGAAGACUCCUUAUGAAGAGUGUGAGAAGCCGAAGCCUAAGCCAACUCCUGCGCCUUACUACUACAAGUCUCCCCCUCCACCAUCUCCCACUUACGUUUACAAGUCUCCGCCACCGCCUCAUUAUUAUUACAAGUCUCCACCCCCGCCAACACCAACUCAUCCUCACCCACCUUACGUUUACAAGUCACCGCCACCACCAUCACCUAAACCUGCACCGGUUUACUACUAUAAGUCUCCGCCACCCCCAUCACCUAAACCUGCACCAGUUUACUACUAUAAGUCUCCACCGCCACCUUCACCCACACCGGCACCACACUAUUACUAUAAGUCUCCUCCUCCACCAUCACCAAAGCCUCAUCCUCCUUACUACUAUAAGUCUCCACCACCACCUUCACCCACACCGGCACCACACUAUUAUUACAAAUCUCCUCCACCACCAUCACCAAAACCCCAUCCUCCCUACUAUUAUAAAUCUCCACCACCACCCUCACCAUCUCCCCCACCACCUUACUAUUACAAAUCUCCACCACCACCAUCCCCAUCACCUCCACCACCUUACUACUACAAGUCCCCUCCUCCACCAUCUCCAUCACCGCCUCCUCCAUACUAUUACAAGUCUCCGCCACCACCAUCCCCAUCACCACCCCCACCUUACUACUACAAGUCUCCACCUCCACCAUCCCCGUCACCUCCCCCACCUUACUACUACAAGUCACCACCUCCACCAUCUCCAUCACCUCCACCACCCUACUACUACAAGUCCCCACCUCCACCAUCACCAUCCCCUCCUCCACCCUACUACUACAAGUCUCCACCUCCACCAUCUCCAUCACCACCACCACCUUACUACUACAAGUCUCCACCUCCACCAUCCCCAUCACCUCCCCCACCUUACUACUACAAGUCCCCACCUCCACCAUCACCAUCCCCUCCUCCACCCUACUACUACAAAUCUCCACCACCACCAUCCCCAUCACCUCCUCCACCAUACUACUACAAGUCUCCACCUCCACCAUCCCCAUCACCUCCUCCUCCCUACUACUACAAGUCCCCACCACCACCAUCCCCAUCACCUCCUCCACCCUACUAUUACAAGUCCCCACCACCACCAUCUCCAUCACCUCCACCACCUUACUACUACAAGUCCCCACCUCCACCGUCACCUUCUCCUCCACCACCCUACUACUACAAGUCUCCACCACCACCAUCCCCAUCACCUCCACCACCAUACUACUACAACUCACCACCUCCACCUUCGCCGUCUCCUCCACCACCUUACUACUACAAGUCCCCUCCUCCACCUUCGCCGUCUCCUCCACCACCUUAUUACUACAAAUCUCCACCACCACCAUCUCCAUCUCCUCCUCCUCCCUACUAUUACCACUCCCCUCCUCCACCAUCACCAUCUCCUCCCCCACCAUACCACUACACUUCACCUCCACCACCGGUGAAGUCUCCUCCUCCACCUGUGUACAUUUAUGCUUCUCCACCACCACCAACACACUACUAGACAAUCAAAGCUCAUCCACUCUCCAUGAUUCCGGUUUAGUGGCAGCAAUAAGUGAAGGCUUCAAGAGGCGAAGAAUCAAAGAACAAUCAGAUGAGGCAUUUAAUUCAUUCAAUAAUAAGGUCUUGAAUAUUGAACUCCAAAGCUCAUUGCCCUACACAUUGGACCAGUUGGCUUCUUCUUCUCUAGUGGCUUUCGUGCACGUUUUGUUUCUUGUGUCAUCACGUGGGAGUGGAUUGUUGAAUUUCUUAUUUAAUAGCAAAUCCAAAUAAUUAGCAUAAUUUAUUCCUCUGCUGUAUAGGGAUGUGCUUGUUUGAUUCAAUUUGAAUUUGUUAUAAUAUAUGGUCAGAUAUUUCUUUGUACUCUUUCGUGCUUUGUGCCAUCAAAUCUAUACACUACAAUAAUUAUACAUAAUGUGUUUCUA